ACAGCAAUGUCAUUGGUGAGGAAUAAUGAGAAGAGUGAAGCUCGUUUUACUUGCUCUCGUAAAUAAUCAAAGUACUAGUCCACAAUAGAUUCCAUUUGCUAACUCUGCUAUUAAGACGCAGAUAAUAAAUAAGGAAUAUGUCACCUGAAUAUUUCUUAUCAACGAACGUCAAAAGCGUACUUUGUAAGAACCCCUAAAAACACGUUGGCAAUUAUCACAAGAUUACAAAGUUCAAUCCUGCACAUCUCGAUUAUUAAUCGACUCGCUUUCACUUGUCAAACUUGAGAGUUGACCUUCAGCUCAAAUCAGUAGAGGGAUAGAUAUAUCAUCUCUCGAAGCCCGCCCAUAAAAACAAAUUAACGAAAUGGAUAUAGUUUUCGAUAAUGUGUGCCUAUCCUAUGGACGAGGUAAGAAACGGUUCUCAGCCUUGAAGGGCGUUUCGCUACGUGUGGAUCGAGGAACCAUUUACGGCUUGGUGGGACCCUCGGGCAGUGGAAAAACCUCUAUUCUAUCUUGUUGCUUGGACCUGAAUCAACCAGAUUCCGGGAGUGUCAGCAUUGCCGGGAAAAAUCCGGGCGACCAAGAUUUAGGGAUUCCUGGACCCACGGUGGGAUAUAUGCCACAAGAGCUCUCAGUUCACGCCUUUUUCAACCCGCGUGAGAUCCUUCACUAUUAUGGACAGAUUUUCAACGUCCAGGAAUUGGACUCUCGGGUGACAACGGUUUUGGGGUUGCUCAACCUGGAUCGUGACGGUUUGGAGCAACGUCAAAUCUCGUUUUUGAGUGGAGGACAGAAACGACGGGUGUCCUUGGCUUGUGCAAUGGUUCAUAAUCCUCGAUUAUUGAUUCUUGAUGAACCAACAGUUGGCGUGGAUCCUCUCCUACGCAGAGCGAUAUGGACCGAGUUGAAUAUCUUGGCGACGAGUGGAACCACGGUCCUCAUCACCACGCAUUAUUUGCAAGAAGUGGCAUCUGCCUCAAAGGUGGGAUUUCUGAGGGACGGUAGGAUGCUUGUGGAGGAUGACCCUCAGAAGUUGAUGUCCCAAAGAAACGAAACCUCCCUUGAAAAGAUAUUUCUUGACCUUUGCUUGGUUGAGGAUCCAAGUCCAUCUUUACUUAGUUUUUCCGUGGAAAGUGGUGAUGCUUUCGAGCUCAAGCCUUUGUCAUGUGGUUCAGCUUCGAGCUUCGGAUCUUCCAAUAAGCCACAACCAACCCAAGAACGGGAGGAACUAGUUGUCAACCCCUCAUUCGGUAGUGUUUUGAAGCCUCUCAUUCGUAAGAACAUGAAGAUUCUACAAAGACAUACAGUCCUGUUGUCUUUCCAAGCGAUUCUACCACUUUUAACUUACAUAAUGUUUCUCGUAUGCAUUGGAAGACCUUUGCAUGGUCUAGACUUGGGAGUUGUGAAUGAAGAAAGUGCAUGUGACCCUCAAGAAAGAACAAAUUUGACUUGCCUCUCUAUGGACCUUCAAAUGGUCUUAGAUAGAGAUUAUAGCUUGGGUGAAGAUGUUUCGUGCCAUGUGAUAGUCAAUUUGGAUCCUCACAUAUUUCACUUGAAGCAUUUCCAAUCGUUUGAAACUGCCAAAGAAUCUGUCAUUCUCGGGAAAGCCCAUGGAUUUGUGCAGUUUCCCUCCGACUUUUCGAUUGGGCUUGAACAAAGAAUUGCCACCCUCAUCGACAUGGACAAUGUUCAUGGGGUGGAUAUUUUGAACCAGGCCAGAAUCUUUGUCUACAUGGACGCAUCCAGCGUGAAAGUGCUAGCCUCCUUACAAGAGCACCUUCUAUUGAGCCUGCAAAAGUUUUUCCACCAAUAUGGUGAAUCAUGUCACCUGGAACCAUUGAUCAGGAUGGUUUCAUCCCCUGGGAUUGCACUUCAUUCCCUGAAUCCCGAGUUUCGGCACAACGAUUACGACCUGUCAGAGCUGAUGUUCCCCGGGAUGAUGACCUUACUGCUUAACCUUCUCCCUAUGGCGCUCACAGCAGAUCAGCUGAUGACCGACAAGGAAGCAGGGUUGCUGCUCAGAGAUUUCGUAUGCCGAGUUCCAUUCUCUGCUGUCAUUUUCACACAAAUCAUCUGCCAAUUGGUGGUGGUCAUCGUUCAACUGGUGUCGUCCUUGAUCUUGGUGGUCGUGUUAUUCCCAACAACUUCUUUUGGAGUGAUACUCUUUGCCGGGUUUCUCUUAUUCCUUCAAGCAUGUUGUGGCAUGGCUUUGGGAGCGUUUAUUUGCUCAUUAUGCCGUUCCAGGGACCAGGUGAUCCAAGUGGGAAUGGCAGUGGUCAUGCCAGCCUUUAUUGUUUCUGGUAUUCUAUGGCCAAGAUCCACAAUGCCGCAAGUGCUUCAAGUGAUAUCAGCGGUAAUCCCAACUACAUUUGCUUGUGACAUCAUGAAGAGCAUCAUUCUCAACAACACCGUAUUGGUCAAUGGCCUUUGGAAAGCCAUUCUCUUACCGUUGGUUGGCACUGUCACUUUUUUCUUUGCUUGCCUUUUCAUGGUUUCAAGAGUGGGCAUUAAAUGAGAACGACCCUUGA